UGUCCUCAGCCUGCGGGGGCUGCGUGGAGGUGGACUCGGAGACCGAGGCUGUGUAUGGGAUGACCUUCAAAAUUCUGUGCAUCUCCUGCAAGCGCCGCAGCGAGACCACGGCCGAGACCUUCACCGAGUGGACCUUCCGCCAGAAAGGCACAAACGAGUUUGUCAAGAUCCUGCGCUAUGAAAACGAGGUGCUACAGCUGGAGGAGGAUGAACGCUUUGAGGGCCGUGUGGUGUGGAAUGGCAGCCGGGGCACCAAGGACCUGCAGGACCUCUCCAUCUUCAUCACCAACGUCACCUACAACCACUCGGGCGACUACGAGUGCCACGUCUACCGCCUGCUCUUCUUCGAGAACUAUGAGCACAACACCAGCGUCGUCAAGAAGAUCCACCUUGAGGUGGUGGACAAAGCUAACAGAGACAUGGCGUCCAUCGUGUCCGAGAUCAUGAUGUACGUGCUCAUCGUGGUGUUGACGAUAUGGCUGGUGGCCGAGAUGGUUUACUGCUACAAGAAGAUCGCCGCGGCCACGGAGGCUGCUGCGCAGGAGAAUGCCUCAGAAUACCUGGCCAUCACCUCGGAGAGCAAAGAGAACUGUACUGGUGUCCAGGUGGCCGAAUAGCCCUGGCCCUGGGCUCCGCCUCAAGGAAGAGCCAGCUCUAAACAGGGACAUCUAGGCGUGCCUGCCCCACAGGGGGAUGGCCGUUCCGGGGCCUCCCCUUGCCUCAGAGUGCUGCCAACGGAGCCGCGAGGGUGGGAGGGGCCGGGGGACUGGCACAGCGCACACCCCUCACCCAGCCUUCCUCCUGCCCCGUUGCCCACCCACCGCCAUGCAUGAUGGGCAAAGCAAUACUGCCGCUGCCCCCACCCCUGCUUCUGCUGCCUGUUAGGGGAGGGGGCGGCGAGGCGGGGGCAGCGGCUCCGUUCCCCUCCUUCUUGCUGAUUUGCACACGUUGGCCCGCUUCAGACACGCACUGCUGGGGCCAGCCCCUCCCUGCCCGGCUGGGGGUUGUGAUGGGUGCCCGGGACAGUUUGGGGUAGGGGGUUCUAGCCCCACUGGGACCCCCAGCAUCAUGUACCCUCCCGCUUCCUCCGGCUGGACCUGGGGUCCCCUCUCCCUGUGAUGCACUCUGGCCCCGGCCCCACCCGCCCUCUCUCACCAGCCUUCAACCGUGGCCACUCAGAAAGGGGCUCCUUCUGCCUCGUCUCUCUUUACAGAAGUAGUUUUGUUCUCAAAAUAAAGAUUCUUGGACUUGA